AUGGAGGCCGCCGCGACCGGCGCGCUGAUCGCCUUUGCGUCGCUCUGGGGGACGCUUACGCGCCUUGGGCUCAGCGCACUCAAUACGUACGAUGGGCAGAGCAUUGCGCCGAUCAUCUGGGCACAGGCCGUAGGGUGCCUCGUUAUGGGGUGGAUGACCUACCCCCGCAAUAAAGAGACGAUGGAGCGCUGGUACAAGCCGGCCUUUACGAUGGUCACGACCGGCUACUGCGGCAGCACGACGAGCUACUCGACGUGGGUCUUUGGCGUGUUUCAGGCCUUUUCCAACAACCUGCACUACAACCGCCACGGGCUCCACAAUGUCAUGGACGCCCUGACGCAGACCGCCGCGACGAUCGGCAUGUCGUUUGCGGGAUUCUGGGCGGGCCGCACGCUCGCCGGGCUCGUACGCCUCGCAUACCUGGAGGAGGCACUGUCGCGCAUUACGCGCCGCUCACACGGCAUGCCCCGCAUCGACACGUCUAGCACGCUCGAGCGGGGCGAAAAGACGCAGCGUACUCGGUACCUGCACCUCGCGAGCAUCGCACUCGGCACCGUGUUCUGGAUCGGUGCUAUUCUCCUGUGCGCAUUAUACACCCCGUUUCGCAAGGUGUCCUUUACCCUUGUCCUUUCGCCGCUCGGCGCGCUGGCGCGCUGGCAGCUCGCCAAGCUCAACAAGCCCCUCGGCCAGGCGCCGCUCGUCUGGUACUCCCCCCGCGGCUGGCCGGUCGGCACGCUCACCGCGAACCUCGUCGCGAUCACGAUCCUCUGUGUGGUCUACACCGCGCAGUACGUCGGCUACGAAACAGGCCCUGCAAGCCGGGGCGCGUAUACCGCCAAUGCAUGCGACGCACUGUACGCCGUCCAAAAUGGAUUCUGCGGCACGCUCAGCACGAUCAGCACGCUCAUCGUCGAGCUGAGCCUCAUGCGCCCACCCCGCGCCGCAUUUGCGCACCUCUUCUUUUCCUGGGCGGUGGGCAUACUGAUCUCCAUUCUGCUCGUCGGCGCGCCGUGGUGGGCCCUCGGCAUGCAGGGCGGCUGCGCAGCACCGGUGCCUUAG